AUGUCUGCUGCUGGAAGAUUCAAGCUCAACUCGCUGAGACAGUUUCUGCGCUCAGAUGGAAACAGUAUCGCGGAACAGAGCCAGGAAAGCACAGUGUUGGAGAGUGUCGAUGACAAGAAUGCCGCAACUCACGCACACGAACCCGUUGAGAGUGGUAAUGGAAGCGAUGGAAUGCAACCAGAGUUCCCGGCCCAAGAUGCUCAGGAAGGCGUGAGAAGAGUUGAGGCAAUCACGCUGGCAUGGAGUAAGACGUCCCUCAUCAUCACCUACAUGUGGUACGUCCUCGUCAUCGAAAUGUCCGGCGACGCCCUACAUCCCAUCUUGCUAACUCAUCGGCUGAAUAGCUUCUAUCUGCUGUACUUUGUCAACGCUUUUCAAUUUUCCAUCACGGCCAACCUUACACCAUACGUGACCAGUGGCUUCGAAUACCACUCGCUCAUCCCAGUCAUCUAUAUCGUCUCCAGCGUGAUGACGGGAGCUGCCUAUCUGCCGAUUGCGAAAAUGUUGGAUAUUUGGGGUCGGCCAGAAGCAUUCCUAUUUAUGGUCAGCCUAGGUACACUGGGCCUUAUCCUGCAAGCCGCCUGUACAAACAUUCAAACAUUCUGCGCAGCCCAGGUCUUUACUAGCAUUGGGUUCACCGGGAUGAUCUACUCGGUGGAUGUCAUGACAGCUGACACUAGCAAGUUGAAGAACCGGGGCCUUGCUUUCGCAUUUACCUCUUCUCCAUACAUGGUCACCGCUUUUGCAGGCCCUAGUGCCUCAGAGGGCUUCUACGAAGACAUCAACUGGCGUUGGGCAUUUGGGACCUUUGCGAUCGUCACCCCCUUUGUGGCUGCGCCGUUGUACCUCGUCAUGCAGUAUAACUUGCGCAAAGCGAAGAAGCAAGGAUUGUUGGACAGGCCCAAGAGCGGUCGCACACUCUUUCAGAGCAUCUGGUUCUACAUUAUUGAGUUUGACGCUUUUGGUGUCAUUCUCCUCGCGACGGGGCUGGUUCUCUUCCUCUUACCCUUUUCCCUCGCCCAAUCGACAGCGGAUGACUGGGGAUCCGGCUCCAUCAUCGCAAUGUUAGUCGUGGGCUUCGUGCUGCUGCUCGUAUUCGCUGCCUUCGAGCGAUACCUCGCACCAAAGCCUUUCAUUCCUUACCAACUCCUCGUCUCGCGGACCAUUCUCGGCGCUCUCCUCCUCGACGCUGUGUACCAGAUCGCGUAUUACUGCUGGGCCAGCUACUUCAGCUCUUUCCUGCAGGUCGUCAACAACCUGACGAUCGCGCAGGCGGGCUACGUAAGCAGUACCUUCGACAUCAUCUCCGGGCUGUGGUUGCUGUUCGUGGGCUUUCUCAUGCGCGUUACUGGCCGCUUCAAGUGGCUUCUGUUGUGUGCCGUCCCGCUGUACAUGCUGGGCGUGGGUCUGAUGAUUCACUUCCGCCGGCCGCACACCAAUAUCGGGUACAUCAUCAUGUGUCAGAUCCUGAUCGCCUUCGCGGGCAGCACCAUGAUCCUGUGCCAACAAGUCGCCGUCAUGGCGGCCGCGGAGCACGGCCAGAUCGCCGCCGUGCUGGCAAUGCUCGGUCUUUUCGGGUACAUGGGCGGAGCCGUGGGGAACAGCAUCUGCGGUGCCAUCUGGACGCAUUCUCUACCCGGCGCACUCCAAAGACUCCUGCCCGAGAACCUCAAGCCCGAGUGGGAGACCAUCUACGGCGACUUGACCGUGCAGCUGAGCUAUCCAAUGGACAGUCCGGCGCGCGAGGCCAUCAUGGAGGCAUAUGGAAUUGCGCAACGUAGGAUGUUGAUCGCCGGAACCAGUGUCAUGGGCCUGGCACUUUUCUUCGUCCUGAUGAUCCGUAACAUCAACAUCUCCAAGAACGCGCAGGUCAAGGGUGUCGUAUUCUAG